UUCAUGAGUUCCUGGGCAAUACACAUAUUGAAUAUUGUUGGCUUUUUAUGAUGUGUUGAAUAAUGUUACUGAUUGUUUUGUGUCGAUAAAUGGCUUAGGUCUCGUGAUUUCUUGGAUUUAUAAGACCUUUCUGAAGUGUCAGUAAUGGAUGAACCAUACAUUAACUUUAUUCCUCCUCCAGAGGCACCGGUUUUCACUCCCACUGAGGAAGAAUUCGCAGAUCCACUAGGAUACAUCGCAAAAAUAAAACCUAUUGCCGAAAAGUCUGGAAUUUGCAAAAUUAAACCUCCACCGGAUUGGCAACCUCCAUUCGCAGUGGAUGUGGAUAAAUUCAGAUUUACUCCAAGAGUUCAGAGAUUAAAUGAACUUGAGGCUUUCACUCGGAUUAAACUGAACUUCUUGGAUCAACUUGCAAGAUUUUGGGAGUUGCAGGGCUGUUCUUUGAAAAUUCCUCAUGUUGAGAGAAAGCUGCUGGACCUGUACAACUUGUACAAGGCUGUUGAAGAAGAGGGUGGUAUGGAAUCUGCCACCAAGGAAAGAAAAUGGACCAAAAUUGCUCAGAGAUUAAAGUAUCCCCCAGGAAAGGGGGUUGGGGGAUCACUCCGAUCUCACUAUGAGCGAAUCCUCUACCCAUUUUUUAUCUUCAAGAAAGGUGACUCCUACCCAGCAGAGCAACCAAAACCAGAUUUGUCCUCAAAUGCUGAGGAGGAGGACAAGUCCGACAAAGAUUACAAACCACACGGUAUAGCAGCUAAAACGGCAGCGGGGGGAUAUACUCGCAAAAACAAGAAAGAGAGGGCACAGAAACAGCUUCCCUCUGACACAGAUGAAGUCCCCACAGUUUUAGAGAAGAUGGACAUUGACUAUAAUGUUAACUCUGAGCUGAAGAAGUUACAGUUCUUUGGAGCAGGACCAAAAGCUGCUGUUCCCCCAGCCGGGGAGGGGAAAGGUGAAAACAAAGAUGAGAUUAAAGUGGAGCCUUUGGAGAAUGGUGGUGGAGUGAACACCAGGCAUAAGAACCCAGGGCCAGGGGCAUACACCACAGUGGAUUUGUACAUCUGUCAUAUGUGUAACCGUGGUGAUGGGGAGGAGUACAUGUUGCUAUGUGACGGAUGUGAUGAUGCAUUCCAUACAUACUGCUUAAUCCCUCCCAUGCCUGAGGUCCCUAAAGGGGACUGGCGAUGCCCUAAAUGUGUGGCAAAGGCUUGCUGUCGUCCUUUGAACCCUUAUGGAUUUGAACAAGCUAAAAAGGACUACAGUCUGCAGAGUUUCGGAGAAAUGGCUGACCAAUUUAAAUCCAACUACUUCAACAUGCCUGUGCAUAUGGUGCCGUGUGAGAUGGUGGAGAAGGAGUUUUGGCGAUUGGUUAACUGUAUUGAGGAGGAUGUAUCUGUGGAAUACGGAGCAGAUAUCCACGCAUCAGAAAUGGGGAGCGGAUUCCCCACCAAGGACACUAAAGACAUGUUCCCAGAGGAUGAGGAGUACAUCAAUUCUGGAUGGAAUCUGAACAAUUUACCUGUCCUAGAGCAGUCUGUUCUCUGUCACAUUAAUGCAGACAUCUCUGGCAUGAAGAUUCCAUGGUGCUAUGUGGGAAUGUGUUUUUCCAGUUUUUGCUGGCACAAUGAAGAUCACUGGAGUUACUCUAUCAACUACAUGCACUGGGGAGAACCAAAGACCUGGUACGGUGUCCCUGGAGCGAUGGCUGAUUUGUUUGAGGAUGUAAUGAAGAAGAGUGCCCCCGAGUUGUUUGAAGCUUCUCCAGAUCUUCUACAUCAGCUGACAACCAUUAUGAAUCCUAACAUUCUCAUGGACCAUGGUGUUCCAAUUGUGCGCACCAACCAACAUGCAGGAGAGUUUAUCAUUACCUUCCCCCGAGCCUACCAUGCUGGCUUUAACCAGGGGUACAACUUUGCUGAAGCAGUCAACUUUGCACCAGCUGACUGGCUACCCAUAGGACGUGCUUGUAUUGAACACUAUAGAUCUUUGUGUCGUCAGUGCGUUUUCUCACAUGAAGAGUUAGUAUGUAAAAUGGCAGCUGAUCCAGAUAACCUAGAUCUCAUCAUUGCAGCCAGCACUCACAAAGAUCUGCUUGCUAUAGUAGAAGAUGAAAGGAAACAGCGCAAAAACCUGCUGGAAAUGGGAACAAAGGAAGCAGAGCGUGAGGCGUUUGAGUUACUCCCUGACGAUGAGCGACAGUGUGACUUCUGUAAAACCACCUGUUUCCUGUCUGCUGUCACCUGUCCUUGUAAACCAAAUAAAGUUGUUUGUAUUCAUCAUGUGGACAAGUUGUGUGUUUGUAAACCAUCACAAUACUGUCUGAGAUACAGAUACACUCUAGAUGAAUUACCCACAAUGCUCAAUCGCCUAAAAGUGCGAGCGGAGUCGUUUGACAACUGGACAACUAAAGUCAGAACUGCUUUAGAGGCUGAAGUGGAAGAGAAAGUUGAUCUGUCUGAUCUGAAGGAGUACAUUAGUGAAGCUGAAGAGAAGAGAUUCCCCGACUCGGAGUUGAUGCAGCAGUUAGUUAUGGCAGUCAACGAGGCAGAAAAGUGUGCUAAUGUGGCUGCUCAGCUCGUGUCCAAGAAAGCCAGAACUAGAAAUCGACACAAUGAAGGGAAAUACAUAGCCAAGCUAAGUUUAGAUGAACUGAACUGUUUCUAUGAACAAGUGGCCAGUCUAGCAUGUGUUAUCAAGGAGGCCAAACUUGUCAAGGAGCUGCUAGACAAGGUUGUACAGUUCCAGAAAGAUGCCCAGGAGGCAUUAGAAGCUGAGAAUCCAGACUCGGAGAAACUAGAACAGCUGAUUGAGUUCAGUGUUACACUAGAUGUGGAUCUUCAGGAGAUUCCUAAACUGAAGCAGGUGCUACAGCAAGCAAAAUGGUUGGAUGAGGUCAAAUUGACUCUUCUUGAAGAUCAGCAGCAGGUCACCCUGGAGUCAAUGAGGAAACUGAUGGAAGCAGGGGUAGGGCUCGCCCCUCAUCCUGCUGUAGAGAAGGCUAUGGCUGAAUUACAGGAGCUACUGACAGUCAGCGAGAGGUGGGAAGAGAAGGCCAGGAUCUGUUUACAGGCUAGGCCCCGUCAUGUGAUGGCAACACUGGAAGCCAUCAUAAACGAAGCCAAGGGUAUCCCAGCAUUCCUUCCUAAUGUUAGCUCACUUAAGGAUGCUCUGAAGAAAGCAAAGGAUUGGACACAGAAAGUCGAGACUGUACAGAACUCAGAUUCCUAUCCCUAUCUGGAUGCUCUGGAGAGUUUGGUGAACAAGGGUCGUCCUAUUCCAGUCCGUCUGGAUCAGCUACCACAGGUGGAGUCUCAGGUCGCAGCUGCCAAGUCAUGGCGUGAGAGGACUGCUAGAACCUUCCUAAAGAAGAACUGCACAUACUCUCUACUAGAGGUUUUGUCACCCAGAGCUGACAUAGGAAUCUACAGUGGUAGUAAGAAAGUGAAGAAAAAGAUCAAAGAGGAGGGAAGAGAUCGCCGGGACAGCGAGAAUAACAACCAAUCAGAUUACAGAGUGGAUGAACAAAGAGAUCCUGCUGCUAUUGUUGCUGCAUUCAAAAUGGCAGAGCACAGAGAGAUAGAACUGAUGAGGGAGUUAAGGGACCGUAACUCUGCCAAACUUCGCCAGCCACAUGGAGAGGCCAAGUACUGCAUCUGUCGUAAAGAGGGAUCGGGAUUCAUGUUACAGUGUGAACUCUGUAAAGACUGGUUCCAUGGAACUUGUGUACCCUUGCCUAAAUCUGCCAACCUGAAGAACAAAUCUCAGCAGGCUGCUGCCGUACAGGCUGCUAAGGAUCUCAAAUUUCUCUGUCCCCUGUGUCUGAGGUCACGACGACCAAGACUGGAAACCAUUCUGUCUCUCCUGGUUUCUCUGCAGAAGCUCCCCGUUCGUCUGCCCGAGGGAGAAGCCUUGCAGUGCCUGACUGAGCGAGCUAUGGCCUGGCAGGACCGAGCUCGACAGGCCCUCACCACCAGUGAACUCGCUUCUGCUCUUGCCAAACUCAGUGUACUGAGUCAGAGGAUGGUAGAACAGGCUGCCAGAGAGAAGACAGAGAAGAUCAUUAAUGCAGAGUUGAUGAAGGCGGCUAAUAACCCUGAGUUACAGGGGCACCUGGCCAGUGUCACACAGAGUGCAUUUGGUGGAACAUCAGGAGUGAUCAAUGGGAAACAGAUGGACUCUGGAUUCCUGGACUCAGAAAAUUCCAUGUCACCCCCCAUGUCACCUGAACAAAACUCGGAUGACAUCCAGAUGGAGGUUGAGAUAUCAAGCAGCACUAACCACACAGGAAUGUCUGAACACGCCUAUUCUACAGCCUCCAAAGGAGGAUCUAAUGCCUCACCUAGAAAACAUCAGAGGAAAUCUCCCCUAGUGGCUCGUUCUGGCCUGGAGGCCCCUGUCCUCGAACUGUCAAUGACGGCCAAGAAACAGCUGGAGGAGUUAAUGAUGGAGGGGGACCUGUUAGAAGUGUCACUGGAUGAGACGCAGCACAUCUGGAGGAUCCUCCAGGCUUGUCAGCCAAGGGGCGAAGGGAAACUACUGGAUCUAGAUAUUGGAGAUAAGGGUCCUGAAAACAUUGUGCCAAAGGAGAACUUUGAAAGAGAAAAAAUGGUUGUGAAAUUCAAGAAAGAAAAGGAUCCAGAAAAGAAAAAGAAGAAACGCAAGAAAGAGGAGGAAAGUGGAGACAUAUCCAAACCAAAGAAAACAAAGGAUGGAUCUGAAGGAGGGGAAAAACCCAAAAAGGUCAAGGUCAGAAAAGAGAAAGGAGAGAAAGAAAAGAAACUCCUGAAGGAAUUCGAACUCCAGCAAGAUCAAAUUAUGUCAGAAUCAACAGCAUCAGAUCUGGAAAAGAUAAAAUUAAUGGUUGACCUAAAUGCUGAAAAACUCAAAAAGUUGGAAAAACCCAAGAAGAAGAAAAUAAAGGUAAAGAAAGAAGGGAUGACAGAAGAAGUAGAGAAGAAGAAACGAAAACCAAGGAAGAAGAAAGAGAAGGAGUGUCUGGUGAUGAUGGAAGAUGACGGAGAUGAUGAUGAUGAUGACAACUGUGCCGCAAUUAAAUGUUUGAAACCUACAGGUGAGGAGGUAAAUUGGGUGCAGUGUGACCGAUGUGAGGAGUGGUACCAUCUGCUUUGUGUUGGACUCGGGGCAGACGAGGUCACUGAGGAUGAAGAAUAUGAGUGUUUUAAGUGUAAAAACCGUGACAGUGCACUAACUUUUGUUUCAUCCAACGGAACACCAAAUACAGAGGGGGUGGUAAGGAACAGUCUUAGAGAGAGCAUAACCAUCAGCACAUCGUCAGGGGUCACAACAACUCGAGAGACCGACCUUUUAACUGUGAAGGAUGUGGAAAUCACUCCUCAAGAGAAGAUAAACAGUUCUCCCCCAAAAAUUAUAAGGACUCAAUCACCCAUUAAAAUUCAGGAAUUCUGUUCUCAAAAAUCUUUGGCUGGAAAAGUUUCAGAGAGCACCACGGUGAAGAAGUCUGUUAGUGAGGAGGGGGAUUUUGUGAGUUCUGUGAUAUCUGGUGAGGACAUUGAGGAGGAGCUUGUUCCUCUUGAAGAGGAGGAGGACAGUAACCUUGGAGACAGUGGAGAGAAAGUGAAUGAUGGAAGUCCGACCGACUCUGUUGUUGUGGCAGACAUUAUCGAUGGUAUGAUGACAAGGUUAGAGUCGCCAGUGAUCACCACAAAACCCAGCACAGACGACACAGAGCAGAUGACACAGGAUAUAGAGGCCAUAGUACAAACGGCAGACGAGUCAUGACCUUUUGAUCCAUCUGUCUGUUGUUAAUCUGAAUGGUCAAAUCUUUGUGAAUGUAUGUGUAGAUGUAUAUAUGUACAUAAACUCCACAGAGAGAGAGACAGUUGUGCUUGCCUUCAUCACAUAACAGGUUAAAACCUAAAUGCUGUAAAUCCUCAUUUGAAAGAAUUUGUGUCACAGUUUGUAUUAAACCAUUGCCAUAUUCAACAUGGAUUUCAUACCAGUCCUAACAUAAAAUGAAAUUGUGUCCAUCCUAAGCAUUGUCAGCAAAUUUCAAAUCAAAUUUCUUUGGUCAUGUUCAUACUUGUACAGAAUAUCCAACUGUUCAGCAGCAGUCAUAUUGUACAGUAUCUCUUGUUGAUCAUUUUGGAGUGCUAUGUUUUUUGUGACUAUUUGUGACUACUAUCAAUUUCACCUUUAGUUACCUACAGAUUUUUAUACUUGUGUUACAUUUAGAUCCAUUUGUUUUAUUUAUUGUAAAUCUUUUGUAGAUAAGAGUGUUGGCUUUGUUUUUGUUUUAUCGUGUUUAUCUAUUUUUGCUGUACAUGGGAGAUGUACAAGUAUUUUACAUAAAUUCAUUUUUUUUGUAUUGUAAGGGGACAAUUUUAGUCAUGUACAUUGUGAUUUAUGUACCAUCCUCCUUUGUAUAAAAGGUUAUCAUAAUUAAGACCUGUGAACAUUGUGUUUGACAUGAUAUAUUUUGAUUGGUGAAAAAACAAAAACAAAAACAGAAAUAUUUGUAGGAACCAAUCCUUUCUGAAGCAAGGUGUAAUGACUAUUGCAGAGGAUAUUGUAGAAUUAGCCUAACAACUGGUAACACAAAAACCAAAACCAAAAUUGUGUCAAAACUCCAGGGUUCACAGAAACUUGUGAGGGUUGUUAGACAUGUUAGAUAAUGAACUUAUUAUGAUUAAUUAUCUUAAGUACAGAAAUUAUUCCAAGUCAGUAAAAGUAGACAUUUUGGCAUCUGUGUUGAAAAUUCAAGUUUUUCUUUAAGAAAAAUUUAUAUGAUAUGUACCAAUUUAUCAUUUUAUUAAUGCAAUAAUAUUCAUAUUGAAUUUUGGGUAUAGUAUUGAAGGAAUGCUGGAAGGAUUAUGCCACAAUGGAUACUUUUACAAACUUGUUCAUGUAGCAACAAAGUUUCAUUAAUGAUUUAUCAUUCUGAAUGAAGUCAGACUGUUAUGUGACAACAGUUGGACAAUGUUUUGUAUGAAAUUAGGUUAUGAAUGUGUUUAUGUAAUAUUGUGUAGAUGAACAGAGAAAAAAAACACCAUUAAAUAAAAGUUAAGUACAA